ACUUUGAUCUCGUCUUAUUCAUGAUGUAUCAAUUAUCGAAAAAAAGGUCAGGAAAGAAAGUAAUUAGUGUUUAAGUUAGUUAUCAACUUACGACCAGAUUACGUUUAGACAAGUCGUACAUAGAUUUAGACUUUAGUCGGUCUUCCUUUUACAUAUACAAGACACAUAAGUAAAAAUGCUAAAAAUCUUUAAAGAGACUGAUUUUUAAAAUAUAUUUAAAGCAAGAAGUAUAUUUUACCAGCUGAGAGACUUCCGCCAUUGUGUCAUGGCGACUGUUGUGGGCAUUCGCGUGGUGCGGGGUCCUGAUUGGGAUGGGGAGGACAGUGACGGAGGACAGUUGCACCUGGGGACGGUGAUGGAGGUGCUGGGUGAGUACUCGGUGCGCGUGCUGUGGGACACAGGUGUAGAGAGCACGUGCAGAGCAGGGCGUGACGGCAAACUCGACCUCAGGAUCUUCGACACAGCGCCUGUGGGUGUGAGACACCUGGGAGAGACCUGCGCCGUGUGUGGAGAGAAGGACGUGUGCGGGAUGCUGUGGAGAUGUCGGGACUGUGACGACUGUUGUCUGUGUACACAGUGUUACUGUGAAGACAAGCACGAUGUCGACCAUGAGUUCCUUCGUGUAGACACACCGGGCAGCAGCGGAACAACUGUAAACUCUCGAAGUAAGAGUCUCAAAAUACAAGCUGUCGGCAUUUUUCCUGGAGCAAAGGUUAGAAAGGUCAUGAGAUACAACAACGAGGAGGUUUACGGAUCAAAGGGCGAAGUUGAAGGCUACGAGACUGGAGUCCCAUACAAAUGUCGGAACAUGCUUUGUGUUCGAUGGUCUGAUGGCAUCCUUAAGAACUGCUGUUUGGGUGAAAUAAUUUGUACUGAAGAAGCAGCUGGGCCAAUCUGUUAUAGAGAUCAUCUCCCUUUGCUUGAUAUUAAAGUUCCAUCAGUCCUGGCAGAUCUUUCACUCGCAUGUGAGUCAGAACUGUUUCUUAAAGAUAAUAGUUCACAGUCUGUUGGGACUACCUGUGUCACUCAAUCUGUCAGUGCUGACGUGGUGCCAAGCAGUCUUCACAAUGAAACAGUGACCAAAGCUCACGACGAGUCGUCGCCUGCUGACGCUCACCCUUCGUCUGAUGUUCAUGAUGUUCAUUUGUUGCCGGAAAAUGUUGUGACCAUUACAGUCGGAUACUCUAAUCACACUGACGAUGGAGACCACUACUGCUGUAACACCCAACCUUCCACACGAAUCAACCAUGUGGCUGGAGAAGACCUAUGACACAAGCGACUACAACCUGGCGAGAAACUGCGAGAUAGACAAGAGAGAUGAUCUCGUUGUUUCGGGACUAAAAACAGAGAAGUGGACGAUCGAGAAGACGAUGGUUGACAAGGGAACUACAGUGGAAGAUCAUUUUGACAGGGAGGCAACUGGCCUACAAUAUGGUACAUUACGAGAAUUGCAAGAAACAGGACAUCUUUUAUUUAAUUUCGCAAAUGAUUGUGAGAAAAAUGAGACAGUGGAGUUUAGCAGUGACGAAGAACGUGAAGAAACGGAAGAACAAGAAAGGAAGCUGAAGGUCGAUGUUGGAGACAACGUGGCCAUCAAAGUGGGAGAAAGCAGGUUAGAAGAACUGCAAAAGACACACGGAGGAUGCACCCAACAGAUGAAAAAAGCUAUUGGCUCGACUGGAUGCGUUGUCACUAAAACUAAAAAAGGAUCCAUCUUUGUCGAGUUUAAGUCCCUAGGACAGUUUUCCUUCAGUCCAGAGGCUUUAGUGAAG